UUUUGGGAAUUUGCAGUGGACAAACUGUCCUUUUAGAAUUAGAAGCCAUGGAAGUAGGUGAUAUUGCAGACUUUGUGGGAAAUGAGACUGAAGAAUAAAGGAAGACGGUGGUCCUACUAUCACUCUGUUGUAAAGCAUCGUCAGAAUAAAUGGAAGCAAUGGGUUGAAACCAUGGAGUCUCUGUAUCAUUCUGUAUGGGAAGCUGCUGGUAUUUAUGAAGCUAUUAAGGGUUCAGUAUAUAAAGUCCAUAACCAUAAAGAUUUAAUUUUUGGGUUAGUAGAAAGGUGGUGUUGUGAGACUAAUACAUUUAUAUUUCCAUGGGGUGAGGCUACUGUUACUCUUGAAGAUAUGAUGAUUUUGGGAGGGUUCUCUGUUUUGGGUGACUUUGUUUUGUUCCCUCUUCAAUCCCCUGAGAUGGUACAAAUUGAAGAAAAUCUUGAAAAAGCGCGUGGGGACCUUAUCAGAUUGAAGGCCGAUGAUCAUACUAGGUGGUUGAAUCUUUUCAUGAACAGUGGAAAGGAUUUUGAACAUGAAGCUUUUCUCUCUCUUUGGUUAUCAAGAUUUGUUUUUCCAGGUAAUGAGUAUGAUAAAAUAGGUAAACAUGUUUUCCCUAUAGCUGUUAAUCUUGCCAGAGGUACGCGACUAGCGCUUGCUCCUGCUGUUCUUGCUAGCAUAUAUAGGGACUUGAGCUUGCUGAAACAGACUAUGAUAAUGACUUCAUCAAAUGAGCCAAGUAGUAAUGGAAACGAUGGAGGGAGAUUUAAUAUUCUAAAAUUUAAUCUUUGGGCGCCAUUGUUCUUAGUUCAAGUUUGGGCUUGGGAGAGGUUGCUGCUUUUGCGGCCAGAACAGGUUCAGAAUUACAAUAUGCUUAGUGGGGUGAGGAUGGAACGGUGGCACAAUGUGAAACAAACAGAUGUUAUUAACGUGAGGACUGUUAUUGACUCGUCUGGAGAGACAUUUCAGUGGAGGCCAUAUGCCUUGGCUGUGGAAGGUUGGGUAAUUCCCAAGUUUUACAAGGAAAAAGAAGAGUGGGCAAUAGUUGAAGGGCAAAGUUUGGACCAAAAAUUGGAGUCCUUUGUUCGAUGUUUGAGGGUGUCUGAGCUUGUUGGUUUUGAUUGUCAAGAGCCUUAUCGACCAAAUCGUGUAGCAAUGCAGUUUGGAUAUGAUCAAAACUUCCCUAAAUGGAUUCCUCGUUCACCUUCAAGUCCAGAACUUGCCUGGUACAACUAUUGCAGACCCUUUGGUUUUGAUUUGAGAUUAUACUAUCCGUCUAGGUUGUCUGAAUCAGAUGUCACUACACAGUAUUUGAAAUGGUGGAGAAAAGCAGUAUUAGUUCUAGCUGAUGCAUUCAAAGGAUUGUCGCAGAGACAAAGAAGUACAAGAAGAUUAAAACGGUUUUCUAACGUUUAUGAUUCUCAUUUUUUUUCUCCCAAGUUAAAGCAGGUGAAGGUGAAAGUAGAAACCGAUAUGGAUGUUUAUGAUGUUCUUCAAAGUCUACACAUUGAAUGUCAACAAAAACAAGUUGAGAAUUACCCUGAUGUUCCUCCUGGUUUUCCUCCCAAGUCUGGUGGGAAAUAUGACAAGAAGAAUUUGUCUAUGGUGGUUUCACAAACAAUGGUUUGUGACAUUGUGCCUCCUGGUUUUGUGGUGAAUCAUAUUGCAGACGAAAAAGUUGACACAUCCACUGACUAUGCAGAUGACAAAAAAGAGACUGGCAGUGUAGUUCCGAGCAAGUCUGGUGGGGAAAAUGACACGAAAAAUUUGUCUAUUGGAGUUUCACAAAUAAUGGCUUGUCAGAUUGUGCCUCCUGGUUCAGUGCAGAAGCAUAUUGCAGAAGAAAGAGUUUACACAUCCACUGACUAUGCACAUGAUAGCAACGAGAGUACCAGUGUAGUUCUCCCCAAGUGCAAUGGGAAAAAUGACAAUGAGAAUCUAUCUAUGGGGGUUUGCCAAAACGUGGCUCGCCACGUUGUGCCUCUUGGUUUAACAGAGAAGUGUAAUGCAGGAAAAAGUUUUUACACAUCCACUGAUGCACAUGAAAGCAAUGAGAGUAGCAGUGUCCUUUCUCUCAAGUGCAUUGGGAUAAAUGACAAGGAGAAUCUAUCUAUGGAGGUUUGUCUAACAGCAGCUUGCGACAUUGUGCCUACUGGUUCAACGGAGAAGCACACUGACUGUGAACAUGACAGAAAUGAGAAUAACAGGAAUAUAGCCCAAAGUCUUGUAAUCAACGGGCAGAAAAGAGGGGAAAGAUCCAGUUGUGAUGAUCUUGUAAUGGUUAUAGAAUUUCGUCUUAGCAGGCUCGAGAGACAAGCGGCUUCACGCAAGAGAUGCUAGAUUUAGUAUAGUAUGAUUUCAAAUGUCCGUUUAUUUUUCUUAAGUGUCGUUACUUACUCAGAGUAGUUGCUUUUCAGUUUUCUGUUUACAGUAGUAUAGUUCUUCAGAUCUUUGUAUUGUCAAUUAACCUUCAGGUUAUGGAAUUACUGGUACAAUCUACAUAUCUGAUGCAAAAUUGCAUUUGUCAAUUUUCUGUCGC